CAACCGGCUGGCCAAUGAGUGUCGUGCUUGUUUAUGUUGAGGAGCGGAGGUGCGCUUCAAACAUCUCCUGCGCUCCAGGGCAGGUGGAGGACACUCGCACUGCAGUCUCUCUCACACACACACACCUCACACACACUCGAUCGGGAUCUUUCUGAUAUAAAUCUAGCCAGUUCAGCACGCGAGCACAUGCUUAUCUGUCUGGAUCCGCGGAGCUGGAUCUGAUAUGAAGUGUACUUCAUGAACGUCUAGCUCUUGCUGUGAUAGAAGUGGUGCUCCUCCAUCCUCCUGUUGUUCCCGCUCUCUGUAAUCCUGCAGUGAUAUUCCCUGCGCUUUAAUCCGGCUUCACAGCGCUGUAAUCCCGUCUGACGACUGGGCUAUUUCAGGAGUGCCAGCAAGAGUCCCGGCCGAGCUCAAUGUGGACAUGAUGGGAGAUUGGUGGACUCCAGAGACCAUGCCAGAUCCAUCUCUCGACACCAAAGAGCUCUCCAGUAUUUCUGGGAUCAGCAUGUGUCCCUCCAGGCCCAAAUCCUCCUACAGCGUGCUGAGUGCGUUCUGCACCGAGGACAACGUACCGCAGUGUAUCGCAUACGUCAAUCAGGAGGUGUGUUCGCUGGGCGUGUCUGCAGUGUGUGUGGAGUGUGUGUCGGGUGGUCUGAGCGCUGUGCCGGUGCUGAACGUGCUGUACGAGCUGCUGCAGCUGCAGAGGAGAGCUCAGCGUACCCAUCACGAGCUGGAGAACCAGCUGAUGAAGAACACCAGUGACCUCGAGCACCUGCAGCACAGCCACUGUCGACUCAAAGAUCAGCUGGAGCACACGAGGAGGGAGAACUCGGGCCUGCAUGAGGGUGAGCGACAGCUCCAGUUGAAGAUCAGGACGCUACAGAACUGCCUGAAGUCUGAGAAGGAGGAAGUGCAGAAGCUGCAGAGCAUCAUCUCGAGUCGAGCCACACAGUACUCCCAUGAUGCCAAGCGCAAAGAGCGGGAGAGCUCCAAGCUGAAGGAGCGGCUCAACCAGCUGCUCGUGGACAAGAGGGACAAGAAGCUCGCCAUAGAGGUGUCCAACUGUGUGGGAAGACCCGACGGCAGGAGAGGCCUAUGGAAGACCGGCAAGAUGGAGGCCAGGCACGAGGGCGAGAUGUACAGGGCUCUGCUGAGCGACUAUGAGGCGCGUCAGCGGUCUCUGAUGAUGGAGAACGUGGAGCUGCAGAAGGUGCUGCAGCACAUGAAGAAGGACAUGAUGGCCAUCCUCAGUCCCAAGAGCCUCAGCGUGGAGCCGCAGCCGCCGGAGGACAGCCUCGAGCAGGCCGUGUCGUCGGGCGAGGAUGAGGAUGAGGAUGAGGAGGGCAGUCGAGGGCCGCUGGAGCAGUCAUGUGAGCAGGCGCGUGAGCAGCUGACCAACAGCAUCCGCCUGCAGUGGAGGAAGCUCAAGAGCCACAUGCAGAGACUCGACAGCCAAGUGUCUCUGGUGGCGUGUCAGGAGCGCGAGGCGGAGGAGCUGAUGUCCAGGAAGGAUCAUGAGGAGGAGAUGCAGCGGAUACGCCUGGAGCUGCAGCAGUGUAAAGAGUUCAUCCACAUGCAGCAGCAGCUUCUGCAGCAGCAGCUGAGCGUGCCGUGUGACGAGGAGACCGCAGCUCUGCUGAACGACUGCUACACGCUGGAGGAGAAGGAGCGGCUGAAAGAGGAGUGGAGGCUCUUCGCUGAGCAGAAACGAAACUUCGAGCGAGAGAGGAGGAACUUCACUGAGGCUGCUAUACGCCUGGGACACGAGAGGAAGUCAUUUGAGGAGGAUCGGGCGACGUGGCUGAAGACCCAGUUUCUGAACAUGACCCCGUUUGUAGACCGUAAACGGCCCGCUCUGCCUGACCCUCACACGGCUCUCUCCGUCAGUGCUGGACCUGAGGCCAAACUGCAGUCCACUCCACCGCUCCAGACCCGACCCCUGUCCUACAGCGCGUUCUCCACCCCGAAGUCUGUGAGGAUGCCCUCCACUGCUGACCUGUACCGCACGCUACACCUCAUCCCAGACAGCAGAGGUCAAGGGAAGUGUCCGAGCGCCGAGAUGUUGAGCAAGGCACGUCUGCGCAGCUGCUCGUCUACAGACUGCAGCGUCAUCUCUCUGCGAGACGAGGACAGCCCCAUGUGACACACACCACCGCUCCAUCUCAUCAUCACGAACAUGUAAAGUGGCCAAUGUGUGUUUCGUACUGUCGUAAUAACUCCGAUGUUAGUUCAUAAAGCACUUUUAAGAGGGGCAGUGUUUACUGUAGCUUUAAAUCUCAGAUGGUUAUUGAUUUGCCAUUUAUAUUGUUGCUAAUUGCUGGAUUUCACAUUUUGUACUUUUAUCAUAGAGUGAUGCAUCUCUUUAAUGCAAAACAUGUUUUGGGUGUUUUUUCACUUGAAUGUUGAAUAUUUAUAUUGAGAAAAUCAAGAAUGUCUUUGGUAGAGAUAAAAAUACUUGUAGAAUCCAUGUUUACACAUUUGAAGACUGAUUUAUUCACUUCAAUGCAAUAAAGUUUGAGAGAGAGAAAGUA